AUGCCGCGGAGACGAACAAAUCUAAUGAGACAUAUCCAGUUUCCUGUAGAUGUGCUCAGAUCUAUAAAUGGCGACGAAUUAAUACAAUAUAAACUGAAUAAUGUGAGAAGCAACGGUCGGAAUUAUACUAUUAAUGGAUUUACUGUGGUUCAAGAUGGGAUAUUCUGGUCAGAAGAAAUUGAGCAAGUAUUUCCAAGGGGACCUUCCGUGGAAAGCUUUUAUAGCAUUUCCUCCAGGAUGCAAUUUAGUAAUUUUAAUGUGAUCCAUAUGGAUGGACGCUUUUGCGGUGAUUGGUCCUCGCCAAAUAACGCUAGAGUCACUUUAUCUGACGGCACUCGAUGGUGUGCUCGUUACAAACCGCCAUGCUUCAUCUUAGAUGAAUUGAUGGCAUAUUACUUUUCUUUGAUGAUGCAUAUGAAUUAUAUUCCGCCUGUAAUUUUAACAAAACCAGACCCGUCCACUCCACAAUGGGAAUCUGAGUUUGUACAUGGUUUUUUAGAAAGAAAAAAAUGGGAUCCUAAUAACAUCAUAACGAUGACGAAAUGGAUUCCAAAUUUGCGUGACAGAGUGCUGUAUUUACAUCGAAACAAGUUUGAAUAUACUGGUGAUAACAUAUGGCUUCACAAUCUGUUUUAUGACAAAACCAGAAAGCCUUGGAUGCUAGACAACGAGAUGUCGUUUUUAUUAGGACACAUUUUUCAGAUUCCACCACAUGCCCCACUCACCGGAAUAUUGAAAUCUGUUUGUAUCUUUCGACGUCAAACUGUGGAAAUGGUUUUUAAACUACACGCCCAUAAAAAUAUUCCACGUCUGUUAUGGAAAGUGGUGAAUGAGCACUUAGGUCCUCUUGAUUUUGAAUGGAACCCACAAAAACCAACUACGUGUGAAUUGUAUGAUAAGCGAUACACCGUUGACUGGGCUAAUGCAUUUACUGAGAGGAUCGAAGAAGCAUACAUGUGGAUUAAGCGCUGUUCUGAGGCUGGAUAUGAAUCACUACUGAAUGAUAUGAAAACAUAA